GCAAGUGGUUUUGCUCGCUACAAUGCCUAUGAAUGGUUGAGUUCACACAACAGGCAUGAACAACUCAAGUAUGUGCCUUCCCACGAAAUUCACCAACUCCUGGACAGGGUCUUGGCUUUUGCCAGAGAAAAAAGGUUUGGGUUGCGUAUUCGCUGCAACCACGAAAGGACUGAGCCUCUAUCGACUGCGUCUCCGAGACGCCAACCAGGGACCCAACUUACGACCAUCAGCACUCGCACUUCCCCCACAUUGCGGGUGGGCGAUAUGGGCAUCGUUCCAUCGGAACAAGUCGACUCCACAUCCCCUCCGUUAUAUCACCUCGCCCAAUCGAUGAGCCCGCCCCCACCACCUGCGCACACAUCAUAUCAACCCCCCUUUCGUGGUCAACGGCGUCCUGCGCCAGUUCCUGCCAACAUCGCUGGAAGCGCCCCGGCACCAGUGCCUCCCACCCCUGCUGCAUCGUUUACGGAAAAGGUUCCGACGUACACCGAAAACGUAUACCCUAACCACCCGCGCGAUCCCGGCCCCCUAAAUGGAACUACUCAACAACUCACGUUCGAUCAAUCAAUGGUAAACACUGGCUUCUACUUUUCGGACUAUAUGCAGAUCCCGAUGCCCCCUACCACAUACCUUCAACGGCCCCCGCCUUCCGGUUGCCUUCCACAGCCUGCCCAAAUUUCGGGCCCAUCCUUCGUGAUGCCGGCAUCGAAUCCGUAUCAACAGCAAAACCGACCAGUUGCGAAUAAUCCCCGGGCGCAAACGCUGACAAGUUACAUUCCUAUGGAUGAAGUGCAACUGAUAGGCUAUCCAAGUGCACCCCAGAUGCCCUACAAUAGCGGUAGGGCUAUCGGACGCAAUGGAACUGGAAAUCGGAACUUUCAUGGCUAGAUGAUAUCGUUAUUCAUUUUUCUAUUGCUCAAUGGGCUCAUGGACGGACUAUUCUUUCCUGCGUAGACGGACCGCAAAGUACCAUAUCCUCUUCGUCAUUUUAACAUUUAUCCUUCAUAUACUCCCUGCCUCAGUUGUUUUCUUUGUAGGGGCAACGACACUGGACUCUUCUUUCCUAUUUGCCCCAUCUCACAUACCCCUUCGCUCUCCUGGAUAGAUUCCCUCACAGUAUACCAUGAACGCAGACACUACGUAGUUGUUUCUAUAAUGAUGAUGAUUAAUCGAGCGAGCACUUU